AUGUCUGUGAAUAGUUCUGGUAGUUCAGAGAAGUUAAAUACAAUUCGUAUUGUCGCAUUUCAUUACUUUGCAAGCCAUUACAAGCAACUCUAUAAAUGGCUGGAGACAAUUGCUACAUUAGAACUAGAAUAUGAGGGGCGCAUUACGUUUGAAAUCCGAGAUAUAAAAAACAUAAACAACUUUCAUCGCUCAUUAGAUUCUGCGAACUUUGGCAGCUAUCGUGCUAAUGUUGCACCCCGGCUUUAUGGAGUGGACAAAGAUGGAUUCAUCUAUACCAUGCACAUGUUAUUCAGCUACAAGUACAUCAGGGAUUUUUGUGACAAGCUUUUGGAGGGAAAAGUGUUUGAGGCAAUCGUAUUGGGUUCAGCAAAGGAAUUCGAUUUGCCUCCCCGAAACUUUUAUCAUUUGAUAAAUCAGAGUAGUAAAGACCUAUUUGUAAUGUUCUAUGAUCCUGCUUGGUAUCAAUGUACUCUUCAAUUAGGCAAAUUACGGAAACUGACAAAGAUCUUAGUGAAUGAAGAAAUAAAUAUUGUGAUCGUGAAUCGUGGCCAGCAAAAUUAUCUAGGUAUAGAUGUCGAUACCUGGUCCGAGUCGAGUUGCUUCGAAGGCAUCACAAGAUUUGUUACAAAACGAACAAAUGGUUGGAUCUCAAAUACAGAAAGACCGCAUGAUAGCUUUAGGGGAUACCUGAGAUACAUUGCCAAGCACAUAAACCCUGAACUGAAAGAGUACAACAAGGAAGGCGAGUCCAGAUAUCCAGAUAAGGCCAUAGUUGACUUGCAAUAUUUAUUUGAAUUGUGAAAUAUAU